AUGAAGUUUAUCCGGAAGUACUUGAGAGCCACAGAUCUCGCAACGGAUCGGCAGUCAGUGAAGAAAUUCGUUCACAAAUUUCUUGGAUUCGAUGGGGUGUUCUGCAUGCGAAUGAUAUCAGCACAUGCCGGUGAUAUUAUGGCCACUGAGUUGAUUGUUGCACUCUGGCAUAACUUCAACGAUAGAGUUCGAAAGAGUCCUAUCGAGAUGUUUGAGGGGGGCGUGAGUCAGUCGCCAAGUAAGCUUGAUGCCAACUUCAAGACAUGGUUGCUUGGGCAGACGAGGUGA